AUGCUAGUGAGCCUCGAAAAACAGUUUGACCAAUUGAACAUCUCAGACAGAGACAAGGAAAUUAAAAUAGCGAAAAAACCAAAUUAUGGAAAACGAGGACGUGUUAUUCAACUGAAAAGCAACUACUUCAAGGUCUCGAAGUUUCCCAAGGUCCCUAUAUAUCAUUACAAUUUUGAACACACUCCAAAGACAAAUAAAACGACAGUUGAAUGUAUUUACGUUCGUUUAGCAGAGGAAAAUCGGUUUUGUAACUGUCAUGCAGUUUUCGAUGGUAACAGCGCUAUUUACUCGGCAACACCUCUCCCUAUUGAAAACGAACGCAAAAAAAAUCAGUUCACGGUGAAACUCACGAAGAGCAAUGGCAAGGCCGUUAAGGUCGGCACAUACAAUGUCACCAUCCGAUUCAUUCAGCUACUAAACUUUGACGAGCUAAAGAAACAUAUAUCCGGCGGAAAUUCUUCCCUUAGCGAAGUUGUGAAAUGCAUAGCGUCUCUGAAUACAUAUAUCAACUUCUCUGUUCGCCAAAAAUAUUUAACUGUUGGUAGAGGCAUCUAUCCCGAUGAUUCGCGCGAAAAGUCGAUUAUUCUAUCCGGUGGAUUCGAGUUGAAAAAAGGAUUCUGUCACUCAUUGAGAGCGGGAGAAAAUUGUUUAGCCAUUAAUGUGGAUGUUUGUGCUAGUGUUUUUUACCUUGGAGGCAAAAUUUUGGAUGUUGCCUGUACAAUCCUUGGAAAGCACAGCAAAGAUGAAUUUCACCGGGGAAUGACUGCAACUGAAAUAAUGACAUUACUCAAGGCAUGGGUUAAGAUCAGAUCCCUGCACCGCGAACAACGGAAACCCGUUAAUAUAGUUAAAGAUCUUACCAAAGAAUCUGCUAGUCGAAUAAUUUUUUACUAUGAAAAAGAAAAAAGAAAGAUUUCGAUUGCCGAAUACUUUCAUCUAACCUAUGGCCGAAAGUUGGAGUUUGAAGAAUUGCCAUGUGUUGCAGUCAACCAAGAUGUCUUUCUACCUUUGGAAGUGUGUGAAAUACUUAAAGGCCAGCGAUUUGGCGGUACACUCGCCGAUACAACACUUGCUGAUAUGAUAAGGCAUACAUGCAUCAAACCAAAGGAAAGAUUUAAUCGCAUCUCCUAUUCUGUCAAGGAAGUUUUUCAAUAUCAAAGAGAUCCUUUUUUGAAGUCUAUCAACAUGAACGUGGAAUCUUGCAACAU